AACUCAGCAGCGGCCGCCGGGCGGCAGACGUGUUUCAUGGGCUGGCGUGUGUACUGCGUCGCCUCUCGCUCGCUCCCACCCCCAGCCUCUUCCCUUACGCUCCGUGCCCGCCCUCCUCGCGUAACUCAACCACCUACAAACAUUACGCCAGCAACUUUUGCUCUUUUACUUCCUUGCCACUGCCGUCCAUGGCGUGAAGAAGGGUGCCUGACCAGCUACGAAGAAGGGUGACAGACUCCUUGCCGCUGCGGCCUUGGCAGAACUCUGCUCCUUCACGGCGGGGCGACAGUGUGUGAAGGAACCGUGGAGAUCUCAGAUGUCCGGCAGCGAGGGAGGCGCCUGCAGGGCCGACAGCGGUCUUGACAUUGCCUUCAUAGGGCGUGCGGCGGCGGCGGCGGCGUGGCGGCCAGAGUGCAGUGAGAGAGCCUCGGCGAUGUGAAGAUGAAGGCUGCCCCCGCCCCGGCCAGGGGUGUGCAGCCCCAGCCUUCGCCGGCCCUGUCCAGGCUACCAGAGUGCGGGACAGGGCCCGGCACGGAUGUCGGCACGGAUGCAGCUUCCAGCAGGGGUGGCAACCGGGAGGGCAGUGGUCGUUGGUCAGCGGCUAUGCUGUUGCUGACACACGUAGUGGAGGUGGCCGCCAUGGUGGCGGCCACGCUAGCCCAUGCUCUGGCCCUGCCACCUCCCCCAGCCCCCCAUGAAGCCCAACAGGCCAGGUCCCCCGCCGACGCCCAGGGCACGCUUACUGAGGCUAGACCUGGCACGUGGGGAGCCUCCGCCGUGGUGCUGCAGGCGGGCGUGGGCGGCGCUCCACUGCUGUUGGUCACCACCAUCUCCUUAGUGUGGGCGGUGCGGGCACAGGACUUUUCCGGGAGGGCCACGGCCAGGAUGCUGUGCUGGCUGCUGCACCUCCUUCAGGCGUCCAUCUUGUGGCGCUUCCUCAAGGUUCACUUGGCAUUCGACCCAAGCGACGUGGCGGAACUGGGCACACUCCGCUUUGUGCAGGUGCACGUGCACACGCUGCCCUUCUUAGUAGUGCACGUGGCCACGGUUGUGGGCGGCGCACCGGGCUCCAGCGUCCUGAGCCUAUUACUGGCGGUGGCCAUGGUUGUGUCAGGGGUGGUAGCCAUCGUCGUGGCCACCACCGCCAGCCCUAGCUCCAGCCCGUCCUCCCUCACGCCGCCCACCAUUACGCAGAUUGCCCACCACCCUGUGCACGGCGCUGAGCACAGCCACGACGCGGCGGCACGCGUGGUGGUGGCCGUUACCACCUCCUGCGUGGUGUGGACCCGGGCCGUGGCCAUGGCAGCGCUGCUGUGCCUACACCUGGCAUGGGCCGGAGUGUUGAUGGCCCUGCACUGGAUCGCGGCCCUCGUGUGGCUCAGUUUGCAGAAAGAGCUAGAGCCCCCGAGCCUCGGCCCCUUCCGCAGAGCUCUGCGUCGCGCCUUCCUCGCCUACCUCCUGCUGUGGGACUGGCACGUCUUUCGGGACGACGCGUCGGCCCUCACCGUGUGUGCCCGGCCCCGCCUGCCCGCUGCUUACUACACCAUCACGGCCAUACAGAACGUGGCCAUCACGGCCACCUGGUAUAGCGCCACCAAGGUCACGCCUCUCGGGGUGCGCACCGCCGUCUUUUCCUCCGUACUGGCCACCCAAGCCGUAGCUCUGCUGUUGCUCGCGCUCUCCUACCUCUACUGUUCCUCGCUGCUGCCCGCGUGGCCACGCGACAAAGGCAAUGGCCCAGCCACGGCUGCCUCACUAGUCACUCUCUCCGGCAAGUCCGCCAAGCCCGCCGCCCCACUCGCCUCCGCGGCCCCACACCACAAUAAUUCGUACGUUGACUUUAAGGACGUGGAGGAGGGCAUCACCGAGGCGGAGGGACAGCCCGACACCCAGGAACCGUUGACGCCUAUCAAGAAUCUGCCGCCGAUGGCUCACUCCACACCCCGCACGCCGCUACCUCUUGCCCCAAGACUCAUGGCGACGCAUCUCCCACCGACGAUUUUCAGCUUCUCACACGACGCCCUACCGCCGAGGCUCUCAAAGUCCGAGCGUUCGUCUACAGACAACGGCUCAUUUAAUUCCAGGAAUACCAACACACUGCCGACGCAGCUGGCACCUGAGUACGACGCGCUGCACCGCGCCCACGGCUCUUUCUCUGACAGCUUCAGCUCCUUGUCCUGCGGCACCACCCACCGGGUCACCACCACCCACGUUGCUCCGCCAGCCGCCGCCAAGCCCACGGCGCCUGCCCACUCCUCCUGCAGGAAUGGCUUCUGUCACUGUAAAUUGUUUGAUGGAACUGAAGGGCAUCGUGACUUUGGAGAUAGAGUCAUGGAGGAGGAAAGAAAGGAAGAGACACAGCCUCAGACAUUUGUAUCGAACAGUCCAGCGGGUGACGUGGACGAGCAGAAGGAAGUGAAUGCUGUCUCGCUCUCCCUGCAGGCGGCUGACGGGUCCCCUGCUUCUGCACUUUCCCAAGAGCCUCAGGAUAGUGUCCCCGCGUCCGAUAGGGGUGCGCCUCGUGUGGCUGUGGUGCGGGGCGUGCAGAGGUUCCGCGUGGUCUGUGCCUCCUGCCUGCACGCACACGACCCGCUGCUGACACUUUGCCACGUCCUUGCCGUGCCCGAGGAAGAUCUCUCACCCCAGACUCCAGAGAGCGUGGAAUCUCCGGAAGUAGUGCUGGGCUCAGACAGGCCUGGGUCCUCCGCGGUGCUGGGCCCCCCCGCGCGGGUGUCCAUGACUCGUUCCUGUGUGGGUCUGGGCGGCGGCUCCAGCACGGACUACCCCUCCGACACAGAGAUGACCGCCACGGCAGACACACUCAGCUCCGCCUCGGCCGAGUCACACUCCACGUACACCACGUGGCCUGUGGGCCGCGGCCCUGGCAUGGCCCGCCUACUGCAGCUGCACCCUGGCUCCCACGAUUACGUUACAGCUUGGCUUAGGCACCAGCAGGCCCGGGGCCCCCGCCUUCCCACGCCCCUCCACCACCACCACCAACAGCCGCCCCCCGAGUCCUCCUACUCUGCCAGCCCAGAACCACUGGACCGCCGCCAUCGCCGGUUUCGCCGCCGCCACCCGCGCCACAAGGAUCCUCCUCGCCCACACCUGCUGCAGGAUUUGGAGACUGUUGUGUGAGAUCCCGCGUCUCUCUCUCUCUCUCUCUCUCUCUCUCUCUCUCUCUCUCUCUCUCUCUCUCUCUCUCUCUCUCUCUCUCUCUCUCUCUCUCUCUCUCUCUCUCUCUCUCUCUCUCUCUCUCUCAGUGGCAGCAGCCGCAUAUCUGACAAGACGUUUGUUGUCACAGCACCACAGUGCCUGGUGCCAGGUGGGUGGUGAGUACCACUAGGGCAGUGGUUCCCAACUUUUUUUUCAGGCGACCCUAAUCAUGCACCUCUAGACAUGACCGCGACCCCACUAGUUUCGUUGUAUAUGUGUUAUUAUUAUAUAAUAACACCAUGUUUAAUAUUUUGAUGUGGCGACCCCAGGAAAAACGCUUGGCGACCCCACUUGGGGUCGCGAUCCCAGGGUUGGGAAAGGGGCAACUAAGGGCUGCUUAUCUACGAAACGUGGAGAGGAGGGCAGGUAAGGUGAAUAUAUGGUUUGCGAGCAACGAUGUCUACUUCGCCAGGUUAUUAUCUCAGGGUAUGGACGGGCUCCACUGCUCACGGGACACUGCCCGUCGCCGCCGCUGCCGCCGCCCAGCGCUGCGGGUGGUGAGUGGACGGAGUGGGCCACGUCCCUGGAUAGAGUUAGUCAUGUAUCGCUCUUGGCCUUGUGCCUCGGAAACAUUGUAAACUAAUAAGCCUUACACAAUACUUUUUAUACUAUAUUUCAAAAUAAAAGUUUUCUUGCGUU